AUGCGCUCUGCUCCACCAGCCUCGUGUCAUCCUACCCUCUUCCAAGAAGAUAGAACAAUCCCUCGAACCUCCCACGACAACAACCUCCCAACAGUCCCGAUCGAACGCGAGCCCCAAUCCAGCACCGACGCCCUCCUUGUCGAUUCGGACGAAAUGCUCGCCCACAUGUGGCAGACCAGCCGCGCCAUAUCGAUACGCACGCAAGUCACCGUACGUUGUCGCGCGAUCGCCAAGUGCGUCUGGCGGGAAUGGCGAAACCUGCUACGCCUGCACGACGGCCAGUGGAUUCUGCCGGGAGAUCUGCUGGCUGCUCUGUCCCAUAGCUUCGAACAGACGGUGGUGGACUAUGGCUGGGUAAGCCAUUGGCGAGAACUACCACCUGCAUUCACACAGAUCAUGAAGAAGACUGCGCAAGCUGUCACUGACUUCAGUUGA